CGGCGUGGUUUACCGUCACCGCCGACGGACAGCGGGCUCUCGCUGUCCAUGUAUGGCAUGUAUGGGAAGCGAGUUGAAGGGAAGCCGAUCGAUUAGAAGUAAAUACUGACUCCGCGCGUCCGCCGAGGAUCCGCCGUCGAAGGAAAAAACAACAACAUCGGCAACGAGCUGCGGAAAACGCCCCAUCUUCCCGCAGAGCGGAGAGCUGCGGUCAUGUUGCAGGCACUAGCCCGAGCAGUGUUUUUGUUUGGAGGCUGCGUGCUCGGCUUGAAAGUGCAAGAUGUCCAGAACGAGCUUUUGCAGACUACUCAGGUCUUUCAUUUCUACAUAGACAAGAACAUGUUCGAUGCAUCCAUAGUGUUGUUCCUUUUAGGUAGCUACGGAAGUACAGAAUUCAGAGCUGCCUUGCUAGGAAAACCUGACCUCCCCAAGUGGAUGUUUUUAAGGCAACCAAGCAAUUCGGACCGAGCGCUUCUGUAUGGCUCCUAUCAUGAUCAUGGAGAGCUCAACAUUGAGAUUUGCGCCAUCAACAAGUACAAUUACAAGACUUCUCUUCGGGUGGUCAGUCUUCAAGUGGAAAAGCGCCAGAGUGAAGCACUUUACGAGGUGGAGAUGAAGUUCUUGAAUCUGAAUAUUGAAGACCUCUUUGAUGGAAACUGGCUGUCAGGCUUGGAAGAAAUAUUUCGAGAUCAUCUGUGGAAAAACAGCCCCGUCAUCUAUGUUACCAAGGUGGCCUCUGUGGUGGACAUUGGAGGCAGAGUUCCCGUCAACCCAAAAGAUAAAGAAGGGGUGGUGGUGCGCAUCGGAGGCACGGCCAACUUCUCUCAGGACCUGCGUACACUGGAACUGGAGGCCAACCAGCUCAGAAAUCGCGUUCCCUGCCCUCCUGACUAUAAACGCACCUCGGCUGAGUACCGCUUCCGGAGGAAGAAUUUUUUGUCCGACUGGUGUGGAUUCCGACUAAUCACGCUCCCGGAACGCUUGGAUGGAGAGGGCAUGAUGCAGCAUCACGACCUGGCCUUUUCCCCAAUUUCCCUGGAAGAAGACAGCUUUGAUCCUCCUGGUAUUGAUCACAUACCCCGGCGGGAUUUUCUGGCCGACUUCUUGCUCUCGCUCGUGGUCCCGGCCUGCGCCACGGCCGUCUUGCUCAGUGCGCUCGUGUGCGUCAUGUGCUGCCAUCACGAGGAGGACGUUCCGAGUGUGCAGCUAGAGCAGCACAGCUCCAUCGAACGUGCCACCAACACACUGCGUCAGAUGGCCUCCAGACGCAACCUGUCCUCUGCGGCAUCGUCUAGGGUCCACUCCCGGGCGGGCAGUCCUCUCGACUCCUCUCUGCCUCGGCCGUCGAGGCAAGCCACACUCAAACUACGGGCGGUUCCACCGCCCCCUUACUCCACAGCGGAGGUUGACGUCUAAGUGCCACCCUUUGUGCCGCAUAUUUAGGAGGUAACAGGGGCAGGUAGUUCUGAGCAGAUGUCUGCAGUGAUGCAAGGUGCGGUGGCAAGGAGCAGAAGACCAAGCUCGUGGAGGAUUAUUUGUUGGACCGAGUUGCUGAACUUGUACUGUUCCAUCUCCUGCUCUUGCCAAGGGAAGUCACAGUUCUGCCUAUAAUCGUUGGAAAUGUAGGGCCUUUGUUGCCUGCUUACCAUUUGCUUUAUAUAGUUCAACUAUGGUUUACUCUGCGCAUUGCAAGAGCCAAGAUGUGCAGUCUGAGCGUGCUUGCCUGGAGUGCAUUCCCCUACGAAAUCCAAACUGAUCUGUCAUGUCACCUCAUUGUGUGUUCUGCAGGGAUCUUGUUGGCAUAAAAGGGCAUGUGAAAGGUGCAUUAGCCAGUCCACAUAUCAAGAGAUGUGCAUGUGUAGAAAAAGGCCAGAAUCUACGUAGCAUUUAGUCUGAUUUGGGCUGUGCUUGACAAGGUAGUCUUCACUGCCUUUAUGUACCCACUGCAAGCUGAGGUUUAAACUUCAUAUGAUAUUACCAUUGGAUAGGUAAGGCACAUUGGCAACAAAACAGUCUAUACUGUGUCUGCAUAGACUAACACUGGCACGCAAGGACUACAAAAGCUGGCUCUAAAAUGCAACAGCACUUGCAAGGGAGUAUUGGGUGCCAGUGGUGCUUACGUCUCUUGUAGCAAUUCCUUGCUAUGCUUGUGUAUAGAGCUCUUCACACUAAUUGCAAAGACCUCCCUUGUUCUUCCAUUCUCUGGAGCACUGGUUCUCAAAUGGGGGUCUGCAGACCCGUUGGGGUCCGUGAAGGCAAUCUAGGAGUCUACGAAACUCUUCCUCAUCAAUCAAGCCCGGCAAUAAAAGUUGUAUUUUUUCACAUUGAGAAGAAACGUUCCAAUUUUCGGGCGAGUUUUCUCGUGUGUAUGUCAAUCAGGGUGUCGAACCGAACUGAACCGAAAACCGGAACCGAACCGGUAUUUUUUCUGGAACUGAACCCGAAUC